UCAAUCAAAGUGUUGUUGUUGUGAGCGCUCCUUUUUGGUGCAUUGCGAGUGCGUGGCCGCCACGGCUAGUGGAGUCUCCUCUUUGUCGCCGUGUUGGUGUGUCGGUGUGUAUGUGCAGUGCGCGUGUGUGUUGUGCUCCUAAGGAAUAUGCAAAGCAAAGGAGUGUAAAGUGAAUCAACUAGAUUACAUUAUUUUUUCCUUUGCCUGGCUAUUAACAAAAUCACACAAUCGCAAACAUGUCGGAAAUAUCACCGGAAUCCGACCUGUUGCAUCAAAGAACUCAAUCGUUGCUUAUGGCCAGCUCCAUGUUGAUGGUGGACACGGGCUGUGUGGGUGUGAGUGUGGGUGGUGCAACAGCCACAGGACAGCAAGCCACAACUGGCGGAGGAUCAGUUUGUCUCAAUGUCGAGGACCUGCUGAGAGAGAAUAAUGCCCUGCAUUCAAAGAUUAAGGAGUUGAGCAUGGAACGUGAUCGCUUGCUAUGUGAAGUUUCCAAUUUGCGUUUGGAACUGGAUAUGUCGGAGCUGAAACGUCUGCCCUUGGAAUUGGAUGGCUAUGAAGGUUUUCCCCAAAAGAGCAUCGAACGCAGUGGAUCCACUCAGUAUGAUUUAGCCGGAGCGCCACCACCGGGUGGUUCGAACACAUCCACCGAUAGUGGGAGUGUUGGCGGCGGUUAUGUCUAUUUGCAGAAUCAUUAUGCACCCGGUGCCCAUAAUGCCGGGGCCGCCAUUAACUAUCCUGCACAACAGCAUCCACAGAUGAUCUAUCAGAUCCAGCAGUAUCCCACGUGCCAUCAGCAACAGCAGCAACAACACUUGCAUCAGACGUAUAUGCAGGUGACAGCAUCAGCAGCAGCGGCGACGGCAACACCGUCACAAGCUGGUGGCCACUAUGCCCAUCAUCAACAUAUGCUCCAUGGUCAUGGUCAUCAUCAUCAUCAUGGCGGUGCUGUGGUUAUUGCUGGCAGUGGCGUUGGCAUUGGAUCAUCAUCAGCAGCAGCAGCAGUUCUCAUGCAACAGCAGCAACAACAACAUCAUCAACAGCAGCAGCAACAUUAUCAUCAGCAGCAACUGCAACAGAAUGUCCACAAAAAGAACUCCAUACGGAAUGGCGGAGAUGUACUCAAACGCACGCGAGCUCAAUCAGCCUACGAACUCUCGCAAGAUCUGCUGGAGAAACAGAUCGAGUUGCUGGAGCGCAAGUACGGCGGAGUGCGAGCCCGUAACGCAGCGGUUACCAUACAAAGAGCAUUUCGUCAUUAUAUGAUGGUUAAGAAAUUUGCAUCCAUUACGGCCAUGGCUAAAGCGGAGAAGCGUCUAAGUCGUCGCAUGGUGAUAACGGCCUCGAGUAUGGGUCUGGCGGAGGAGAAUGCAUCGGCGAAUGCAUCGUUAUCAUCGGCAUAUGGCAGUGCAACAGAAUCUCAGUUGGAGCAGCAGCAGCAGCAGCAGCAACAACAACAACAACAACAACAACAACAACAACAACAGCAGCAGGCAACAGGUCAGGGACAGGGACAACAGCCACGUGUCACCAUAAUGGCUGGACCAGCUGGUGCCGCCUCACCAGGAUUAUCAAGGACACCACCAACCCGAUCGCUAUCCAUGCGAGAACGUCGCCCAUUGGAUUGCAGUCCCAUACCACGUAGUCAAUCGGGAGCCUCACCCGUAUCCAUUUCGGGAUCCACAGCUUCAGUUUCGAGCAUUGCCUCCCAUCCUCAUGUCAAUUUAUUGCAUGCGGCUGAGCCGCAUUAUUAUAAUGCACAGGCCAUGCCCACAGCAGCUGCCUAUUACACAAGCUAUCAUGGAUCACCGCAUGAUCUGAGCUAUGCCAGUUCGGCGGACACCUCACUGAAUGCCUCUUGGGUGAAUACGAGUGGCCAUUCGCCACAUACCCCAUAUUAUUCGGCCGCUCAGAUCUAUAUGCGACCCAAGGGUGGCAGCACAACGCCAACACCGAGCUGCGGCAGCAGUGGCAGCGGCAGUGGCAGUGGCAAGAAGGUGCCACCAGAGGUACCCAAACGUACCUCAUCCAUAACGGCCCAGCAGCAGAGUCAAUUGCUUCUCUUGCAACGACAGACACCGCCGCCGCCAUCCCUGCUAAGGACCAAUGGACUCUGCAAGACAGCCGAGAAUGGCAGCUUAACCUCGGUACAGAGCUCCGGUUCGGACUCAAGUGUAACCUCAGCGGAGCGAAUCAACUCAGAUCUGGGAUCGGAUCGCAGCAAUUCGCCGCACACCUGGAAACGUGGCACAGCUCUCAAUAGUUCGCAGCAGUUCUCGACACACUCAGCCGAUUCGACUGGUGGAGCUGGUGGUGGUGGCAUUGUCGUUAGCGCCGCUGGCGUUGUCGCCGGUCAGUAUGCCGCUGCUGCCCAGAUGCAGGCUGCUGUGGCAGCUGCCACAGCUGUGGGCGGUAUACCGCCGGCGGAUGAUCAUGCAAUAUCCUCGCACACCAGCGCCGCUCAGUACGAGCAGCACGAGCAGCAACAGCACGAACAGCAGCAACUUCAGGCCGCCGCUGCCGCCGCCGGGGUGGCCCAGAAUUACAAGAUGUCCGAGACCAUACGCAAACGUCAGUAUCGUGUGGGCCUCAAUCUGUUCAAUAAGAAGCCAGAGAAGGGCAUCACAUAUUUGAUUAGACGAGGCUUCCUCGAGAAUACACCCCAGGGAGUGGCAAGAUUCUUGAUCACCCGCAAGGGCUUGUCGCGUCAGAUGAUUGGCGAGUACUUGGGCAAUCUGCAGAAUCAAUUCAACAUGGCUGUCCUUAGUUGUUUUGCCAUGGAAUUGGACUUGUCUGGCCGACAAGUGGAUGUGGCUUUGCGCAAGUUUCAGGCUUAUUUCCGUAUGCCAGGAGAGGCUCAGAAAAUUGAACGACUUAUGGAGAUAUUCUCGCAACGUUAUUGCGAGUGCAAUGCAGAUAUUGUUGGUCGUUUGAGAUCAUCCGAUACGAUCUUUGUGCUGGCUUUUGCCAUCAUUAUGCUGAACACGGAUCUGCAUACGCCCAAUCUGAAGCCAGAGCGACGCAUGCGCGUUGAGGACUUUAUAAAGAAUUUGCGGGGAAUUGACGAUUGUCAUGACAUUGAUAAGGAUAUGCUGUCUGGCAUCUAUGAGCGUGUCAAAUCCGAUGAAUUCAAGCCGGGCAGUGAUCAUGUCACACAGGUGAUGAAGGUCCAGGCCACCAUUGUGGGUAAAAAACCAAAUUUGGCCUUGCCGCAUCGUCGUUUGGUCUGCUAUUGUCGCCUCUAUGAAAUACCCGAUGUCAAUAAGAAGGAACGCCCUGGCGUCCAUCAGCGCGAGGUGUUUCUAUUCAAUGAUCUAUUGGUUAUCACCAAAAUCUUUAGCAAAAAGAAAACCUCUGUGACGUACACCUUCCGUAAUAGUUUCCCACUAUGUGGCACUAUAGUAACUCUACUGGAUAUGCCCAAUUACCCGUUUUGUAUUCAAUUGUCACAAAAGGUCGAUGGCAAAAUUCUAAUCACUUUCAAUGCCCGCAACGAGCAUGAUCGCUGUAAGUUUGCCGAGGAUCUAAAGGAGUCCAUAAGCGAAAUGGACGAAAUGGAAUCCCUGCGCAUUGAGGCCGAGCUGGAGCGACAGAAAUCGGCACGUAAUCGUGCCACCGGCAAUGCCGAAAAUCGUGACAGCGGUGUGGCCGAUGUUGAAGUGUGUCCUUGUCCCUAUCCACCGGGAUCUCAAGCUGCCGGUGAGCAGGCCGCCAAUUCGGCCGAUUCCACACAGCAGCUGAAACGCAGUGCGCUAAGCAACAGUUUGUUGGACAUGCAUGAGCAAUUUGGCAACGAGAAGCCACAGCGACGUGGCAGUGUCGGAUCCUUGGACAGUGGCAUGAGCAUCUCUUUUCAAUCCACAACAACCUCAAGUGCAUCGCGUGAAAAUGCCGCGGCCAUAGCAGCUGCAGCGAAUGCCGCAGCGGCCGCAAAAAUUCGUUACAAUAUGCCCCAAUCGGCGGGCAUUGCCGGGCCAAGUAAUGUGUAUGCAGCGCCCGGAAUGCAGGCAUAUACCCAUGCAAAUUUUGUGCAACAAUCGCAGGCGACAUAUAUGUUGCAGCAACAGCAAAUGCUUCAACAGCAGGCCCAAAUGCAGGCGCAGGCGCAAGCACAAGCCCAGGCCCAAGCCCAGGCUCAGGCUCAAGCUCAGGCUCAGGCUGGAGCUGUGGUCACAGGACGCAUACCAGGACGCGAGAGGAAGGCAUCACGCUCCGAUGAUAACUCACGUUCGACGGAAGUCUAAGUCUACGGGCAGAGAGCAGCACAGUCUCAACUUUUGUACAUUUCAGUUCUUCAGCAAAGCGAUAAAUUACUAAAUCUAUAUAUAUAUAUAUUUAUGUAUAUAUAUAUAUUUACUCAUUUAUAUAGAACAUGAAGAGAUAUAUCAGUAUCAAUACGAAUCGAAACGAACCGAACGCCAUUUUUUCAAAACAUCUAAUACCCAGCAGCAGCUUAUCUAGUAAAUUCUUAAAUGUUCCUUCGUUCUCUGCUAAUAUUAAUGUAAAUAAAACUCAGCAUUAAAUAAUGUUCUUUUUUUUUACACCCACCACUUACCCCUACCCCACAACUAUUUAAACACUUAAGUAAGUUUUCAAAACUAAUUGUACAUAUAUCAAGCAUAAACAUAUAAAUAUACAUACACAUAUAUAUACCCGCUACGAUCUAUGAUAACCACUAUAUACAUAUAUAUGUAUUCAAUAUACUAAUUGAACUUAAUUAUUAACUUGCUCCAAAAACUUUCAACACCAAUUUACAAAAGGCAUCUUCGAUUUUUCCGCCUAGUUUCUUUUUUUUUUUUUUAUUAUCUAAUACUAAAACUUUAAGCGAUUUCUGAGAAUCUAGUUCUCAAAGCACUAACACGCACUUUCAUCAAAGAGGCGUGCGCAUCGUGUACAUUAUAAAUAUAUAUUUUUUA